AUGGCCAAUAAAGAGGCCACCGUCUACAUCAUGGAUGUCGGCCGGUCAAUGGGCGGGAAAGCCCGUGGCCGCACCCAAACCAACCUCGAAUGGGCCUUGGAAUACUUCUGGGACAACAUCACAACGACAGUGCAGACCGGCAGGAAGCUGGCCAUGGCUGGCGUCAUUGGCCUCAGGACAGACGAUACAGACAACGAACUGGCCGACGAUGACGACAGUUACAACAAUAUCAGCGUGUUCAAACCCAUCAGUCAAGUUACCAUGACCGACAUUCGCCGACUGCGAGACCAGCUCACCGUUAGCAACACAGACUCUGGUGAUGCCGUCUCUGCUCUCGCACUGGCAAUUCAUAUGAUUGCCGAGACCUGCAAGAAACUGCAGUAUAAACGCAAAAUUGUGCUGAUCACUGACGCUUCAUCAUCGAUGGACACGGAUGACUUGUCUCACUUCACCAAGAAGAUCAAAGAGGAUGAUAUGGAGCUCGUCAUCCUAGGCGUCGACUUCGACGAUGCAGAGUACGGCUUUAAGGAGGAGGACAAGGGCUCUCUCAAAGCGAGCAAUGAGGCAAUCCUAGAACAAUUCUGUCACGACUGCGACGGCGCUUUUGGGACUUUAGCACAGGCGAUUGAUGAGCUUCAAAUUCCUCGAUUAAAGGUCACCAAAGGCACACCUACCAGAACUAUCUUGACUCUUGGCAAUCCAGACCAGUACGAUGAUGCUCUGACGAUCGAAGUAGAGAGAUAUAUCAAAGUCAUGAGGGCUUCACCACCCUCCGCCAGCAAGUUUGUGGUUCGCGAAGGUGUCCAACACCCAACUCAGAGCUCUGCCACCCUGUCGAAUGGCAGCGCACAAGCUCCAGAAGGCGGUGACGGCUUGGCAGCGGUACGAACAGCACGAUCUUAUCAAGUUGACGAUGAAAAUGCUCCAGGUGGUAAGAAGGAUGUCGAAGCUGACGAGCUGUCGAAAGGCUACGAAUACGGCAGAACAGCAGUGCACAUCUCCGAGAGCGAUCAGAAUGUCACCACAUUCGAGACCAAACCUGGCCUUGAAAUACUCGGGUUUGUCGAUCGAAACCAAUAUCAUCGAUACUUGGACAUGUCUCGAUCGCAGAUGAUAAUUGCAAAGAGGACGGACGAGAAAGCAUCAAUGGCACUGUCUUCGCUGAUACACGCGCUAUACGAGCUUGAGUCUUUCGCGAUCGCUCGCAUGGUACCGAGAGCCAACAGUCAGCCAAGGCUGAUCGUACUUUCGCCUAACAUCGAGUCUGACUUUGAGUGCCUCUACGACACUGAGCUUCCAUUCAAUGAAGAUGUGCGCAAUUACAAGUUUCCACCUCUUGAUAGAGUUCUCACGGUCAGUGGUAAACAGCUCAAAAUACAUCGAAAUCUCCCCGAGGAGGAUCUGCUUGAUGCGAUGAGCGACUAUGUGGACAACAUGAACUUGUUGAAAGCCAACACUGAAGACGCAGAUGAGCAAUCGGAGUACGCUGCGAUGGAUGAUACCUACAAUCCAGUCAUACACAAGCUCACCCAAGCCAUCAAACACCGAGCGGUCUAUCCUGAUGACGAACCUCCCGAGCCUUAUCACAUCAUCACAAAGUACUCGCAGCCUCCAGAACAUCUGGUGGAGCAGUCGAAAACAGCCUUGGACAAGGUCAUCGCAGCAGGCAGCGUCAAGAAAGUGCCACCCAAAGCAAGAGGCAAGCGAUGGGGGAGGACAGACGCACCCAAACCACUUUCAGACCUGGACGUUGCUGCUCUGCUCGCUCAAGAUCCAAAGCGCAAAGCCAAGAAGAUCGAUCCCGAAAAUGCGAUUCCCGAGUUCAAACAAAUGCUACAGCAUGCGGAUGCCAUUCCAGAAAUUUACGAAGCUUGCAAACAGCUCAAAUUUAUCAUUCUGGAUUGGGCGAGACAUUCGAUUGGAGAGUCGAACACGGGGAGAGUGGUCGAAGGCAUACGGGUUAUGAGAGAAGAGGUCAUUGAGUUUGAGGAGCCAGCUGCUUUCAACGAUGCGCUCAAGGAGAUCAAGAGGAAAAUGCUUGGUGGUGAACUUGGCGGAGAUAGAAAGGAGAUGUGGUAUCGCAUACGAGUGAACAAGCUCAGGCCCAUCGAUAAGAAGGAGUGCGCCCAAAGCGACUUCAGCGAGGAGGAGGCCAAGGCGUUCCUUAGCAUGAAUUUGAAGCUUCCUGAGUAA